AUGAUAGGCUACACGUUAAGACAUAAUGAAGAACUCCAUAGUCUCAUACUGGAAGGUAUGAUAGAAGAGAAACGCGGAAGAGGCAGGCCAAGAACAUGUUACAUAAGUCAAAUAAUUAAAGAUGCAAGAGUCGAUUCGUACAAACAACUCAAAGACAAAGCACAAGACAGAGAAUCAUGGAGAGAACAUUUAUUGUAGACCAAUCUACGGAUUGAAUACUAAAAAAUAAAAAAAUACAUCACAAAAUACCUACAGAAUUUUUCACUAAAACUAUUUUCAAAGUUGUUCACAUAAUAAAAAAUAAUAAUAAUAACAUCAUUAUAAAACCAAUUCAUUCAAUAGAGACCCAAAUUAUCACCCAAAAUAAUGUCUAAAGAAUAAUGUAUUUGAUAAUUUAUAUUUUUAAUUUGAUUAGAAAUUUCAAUAUUUUCUAAAUAAUUUAAUUCAGAAAUUAAUUUUUUAAAGGUCUGAACAUUUCUAAAUUCAUUUGUAUCGUAUGUUUAUGUAAUAAUACUAAAUAUAUAAAAUCAAAUGAGAAUGCCUGUUCUGAGAGAAUACAUAGAAUAGAAAAAUAUAAAGCACCAAGUUUUUGACUACCAGCAUGAGAUCCUAAAGGACAUUGACAAAAGAAAAUUGGAAAAAUUAUUUUUUUGGAAUUCAUAGAAAGUUUACUUUCUCAUACCUUAGAUCGAAUAAAAUUCGAUAUUAAAUUAUAAUUAUUUUUAGAAGUUAAAUUAUUAUAAUAAUACAUGAUUAGAUUAAAGAAAUUUGAAUGUUCUAUAAUUUUUUUGAGUAUGUCUCAUAUAGAUAUAAAAUAUAUACUGACAUAUUUAGAUUCCAAAACAACUGUCCAUUACUUAAUUUAUCGUUCACCUUAUGUCCAAUAAUAAUUGGACUUGGGCGUAUUAAAAUAUUAAUUUUGUUUAGUUUUUAAUCUUAAAUAUCCAGUCUCAAUGUUUUCAAAAAGAUUAAGCAUAUUAUUAAACAUUUCAGUUAUAAUAUUAUUUUAUUAUUAUAACUUUUAAGAGUUAAUAUUAUCAAUAACUUUACAUUAGAAUCACCAUUAUUAGAUGUUGUUGAAGAAACUUUAGAAAAGAAAAUAUCAUUUUGUGAUUUAAGAUGCCUUUUAAAUGCAUUUGAAUUGCUUAAAGUAUGGUAACAAUUAGGUUCUUUGUAUUUAAAUUCAGUUAUAUUAUUUAGAUCAUGAAAAAUUCUAAAUGAGAAAUUAAAAAGAGCUGAUACUGGGGAUGAAAGCGGCCACUGUUAUAGGUGAGAAGUUGAGAAGGUAGGAUACAUAAGGUUAUUUCAUUUAUAUCUGUAAGCAACGAUAAACCAUUGUUUGAUGAAAAACGAUUCCGAACGCAGUACAGUAAUACAUAAUUUCCGCGAUUUUCAUUUAAAUUUGAUUUCAGAACGCUAAUAAAAAAAAAAAAAAGUCGUCCAACGAUUUUGGACAUUUUACCACGUAAGACCAAUAUAAUUAUUAUUACUAAGUUUCAAGUCUCUAUGUAUAAUUAUAACCGAAUAAUAGCAAAAAACUUCCAAAAAUUAAAAUUCCAUAAAAGCUCAAAGCUUUUGGCGAUAAUAUCUUAAGAGAGUAAAUUAAAAAGGCAAAAAAAAAGUUAAUUUGUGAUUUUGCGAUGAGAAAACGUCGUUUGUGUUUUUAUAAAGUAAUGAAAUCGUGAAAUUUUAUGUUUUUCUAUGUUUUUUCCCCACUUAAGUGCUUUUAUUUAUAAAACGGCGUUGAAAAUCAAAAAAAAAAUAACCUCUCUACCAUCUAGACUACUUGAGCUUUCAGAAAAGUUGCUACCCGUAAAAAUCGAAGCAAGUUUACUGAAAAAAAACGUGUCACAGACUAGAUCAAUGAAAAAAAAAAAGAAAUAAACAUCUUAGUAAAAUUAAUAGUUUCCUCACUACACUCAAAAUCUAAAAUUUGAUUCUCUGGGUGGUACUUUAAAGAGGUCAUUUUUUGAAAUUCUCAUUAAUAUUCGAUAUAAUGAGGAAAACCUCGGUCUUUAGGUUGAAAAAAGGGUUACAUAGAAACUCCUACAAAAGUGACCUCUUUACCUGAAUUUAAAAUAUAGUGUAAACUACUACAUAAUCUCUUUUUACCUGCCAAAAAUAGAUGGUGUAAUCUUCUAUACAGAUCUUUUUAAAUUUUAGAUUCAGAGUGUAGAGAGGAAUGUAUAUUGGUUUUACAGUGUUGUUUAUUUGGGAUAGUUGUAUUUAAGUGGAAUACAACGUACGAUUUUAUGAUUUCAUUAUUUUAAAUAAACACACACUACAUUUCAUACUAGAAAUAGUUCUUUAAUGGAAAAAUGAUAAGAGACAUUUUUCGUUGCAUUUAAAUUCGUAGAGACUUACAAAUGUAAGAUAUUUAAAUGUAAAAUAAAAUUUAGUAAACAUAUUAAUAUAAGGUAUCGUAUUGGAAGUUCUCGAAUAUUUCGAUAAUGUCUACGUUAUUUCCAUAAAUUGAUAAUACAAUAAUAAUCUCUAUCUCUUAUUUUUGUAGUUUGUGACUGAUUUUUAAUUAAUUUACUUUUUACAACUUUACAACUAUCUAGUGUAGGAGUUAACAGCACCUGUUUUAGGAAUUAACACUAUGUCAAUAUAAGAGAUUACCUACUUUUGUAAGAGUUUACAAUAUCCCUCUAAAAAUGAUUGAAAAAUUAAAAAUAGAAUUGUCAUGAAAACGCACAUUGUUAUAAUCAUUUUACCAGGAUUAUGUGGCCCAAGAACUUGAUCGUGGAGGACAUCAUACUUCAACAUACACGCUACCAUUAAUUUGUCAAACAUUAAAACGGUAAGAUUUUCAUGAAAUUUUAAAUUAUGAACAUUAAUGUUUAUUAUUCUUAGAACAGUAUGAAGGAUUGCCUAUUGUUUUAGCCCAUCUUUGAAGAGACGACAACCCUUAAACAUUAAAAAUCAAAUGUAAAUAAUUUAAAAUUUAUAUAUACAUAUGGAAAGUAAUAUUUAUGGAUUUAUCCACCUGGAAAAGUAUAAUGGAGUUAAAUCUUAACAUAGAUGUAUACAUAUUUGUUUAAAUAUCUUAAAGUAAAAGCUUGAGAUAUUUCAUCCUUCGACCAAUCGACUCAUUUCGUUUUUUUCAUUAUUAUGUCCAGUUGAUUAGAUGAAAAAUUGAAGACAAACAUUGUUUUACUAUUGUUUCAAUAGUUUUUUCUUUCGUUUGAAAUAUCACUUUUACUUCUUCAGACAUUUAAUUUUAUGUUUGUUUUAAUAACAAAUUAGUUUUAUUUAAACUAUUAUUCUUCAAUUGAAUGUGCAAUUAUUUGAUUAUGAUUCGUACAAUUAUUUAUGCAGUAUUACAAUGGUAUAAAAUGUCAUACAAAAUAUAUAAUUGGAAAUACAGUAUUUAAAUUACUAAUUUAACAAAAUAACAAUUAUCAUAUUAACAUUUUAUAUUUUUUUUCAAGAAAUAAUAUGUACACAAAUUAAUUUAGAAAUUAUUUGAAAACAAUUGAAAACCUUAUAGGGACAUUAUUUGCUUUAUUUUUUUUUAUAAUAUAUAUAUAUAUAUAAAUCUUGUUUUAUAAUAAUAUAAAUAACUGAUGAAAAUAUCUCAGUAUUAUAAAUAUUUUUAUUUUAAUAUAAAUUAUUAGGUAUUACUCGUAACAUAUUAUAAUUAUUUACCUGUUUUAAUAAUUUUGCCUCGUUUUAUUUUUUCGAUUUGAAGCAGAAAAUGAUGGUCUACUAUCACAAGAGAAAUUCAAAUAAGAAACAACUCCUGGUAGUAGUCUUCUUUUAUGUUUGCAACCGAGAAGCAUAUCUUUAAAGUUAUGAACAGAAUCUUAAGAAUUAAAAUUAAUUGAACAAAUAAAUGUGCUGGAAUUCCAUGAAUCAGUUUUUUUGUAUUUCCUAACCCAAUGUCUUUGCACAUCAGUAUCUUUCGGAAACCUUUUAAUAAAUUAUUAAUAUUAAUUAAUAUAUCAAAUAUAACAUAUAGUGUAAAUUUCUACUAAUGUGCAAGUCGAUUUAUGUUUAUAGGUAGUAAAAAUUAUGAUCAAUAUUUUUUUUAUAAAUACUUACCGAUGAAACGAAAUAUUAUUCCCUUUGUUUUUCAUUUUCCCGGUAUAAUUUUUACAAGUAACCAUAGUACACACUGAUCCACCUUUGGAUACCAGAAUACGCCAUUGAACACCAAGAGAUAGAAAGAAAAUUUAAAAUAAAAAACAGAGGUCAAUUAACCAAAAUAAUGAAAAAUCGAUUAAAAAAUUUGAUUAACAAAACUUUCAGUAGUUACUAUAUAGCAUUGAUGUACUUAUGUAUAGAUGUUAAUGACUUUUGUAAAGUAAAAUGUUUUUUGUAAAAAACGAUAAACGUUAAAAACAAUAAAUAAUUGCUAACGAAAAAAACAAUUUUGAGCAGAGUUCAGUUAAUAGUGGUGCUUUGUCAACAAUAUCUAUGUCAUAUUAUUAUGAAAUAAUUAAAUAGGUAUUAUAUUUUUUCUUUAAUAAUAUUUGUUUAAUAUUGUAUACAUUUUCCCGUUUUUCACAUUUCAUAGGGAAACUCUCUGGAAAAUUGGAAAAUUACCUCCCUAAAGUACCUACUCAGGCAGAUUUCUUUUUAGUAGAAGUACUAUCAUUGUAAAUUGGAGCAAAAUUGCUGGUAAAAAAUAUGUACAAAGAAAAAAAAAUCGUAAUAUUUUACUUAUAUAUUUCCUACAUUUUCCCGUCGUUUUCGGUUUUCCACAUUUGUUGAGAAUACUCCUCAGAAAAUCGAAAAAUUACCUCCCUAAAGUACCACCCCAAAAAAAUUUCCUUUCAGAAAAGAAUCUACAUCGUAUACAUUGGAGUACCUACUUUCGUAAUUUUUUCUGUUUUUCCUCCGUUUCUCCUUCGGUUUUUCACAUUUAUUGAGAAAACUUCUGAGAAAAUCGAAAAAUGACCUCUUUAAAGUACCUUCCCAGUUCCUAGUCAGAUUUCCUUUUAGAAUCUAAAAUAAUCAAUGCAAACAACGAGAAAAAUGCGUAUAGUCUGUAUUGCAGUAGUGUACGCCGUAUGGCAGCUGUACGACAAUAGCGUCACUGAAUCAUUAUUCCCACUACUACUUUUGAAAAUUUCGGAAUGCUAACCUACAAAAUUCCAGAUAAUACCGAUAAAUGAUAAAAGCCUAAAACCGUAUAUUCUAAAUCCAUAUUACCUAUUUAAAUACUAAAUUAAUAUUACUUCAAUAUAUCUGAGACCUUUGGCCCUAAAAUUUCUUGGGCCACAUAAUCAAAUGGUACGUGGCAUUACUUCAACUUGAAAACAACUUGUCACGAUUGAUUUUUACACAAAAAUGUUAAAUCAAUAUUGUUUAAUAUUAUUCAAGAACUUAAUCAAAUAGGAUAUACAGUUAUUUGUUGUAUUUGUGAUUACGGUAGUGGUUGUGGAACGAACUUAGGAAUUAACUAUGAACAAUCUGUGUUCCAUAUUCCUAGUGGAAGAAAAAUUGUUUGUAUUCCAGAACCACCUCAUCUAUUAAAACUUACUCGUAAUUGGUUGUUGGAUAAAGGUUUCUACUUAUAUGAUACAGUAAUUACCAAAAACCACUGAAACCAUUAGUUUCACUAAUGUCAGCAGAAUUUAGUGUGUGUUACAAAUUAAGUUCAGAUCAUUUUACAUGUGAAAAAUUACUAAGACAAAAGGUGAAACUGGCAAAUCAACUUUUGUCACAUACAACAGCAACAGCAUUGAAGCAUUACAAGCUUAUUUAAAACAUAAAAUUCAAUGAUGAUACAGCUAAUUUUAUUGAGUUGAUAAUUAAUUGGUUUGAUCUGGUAAAUGUAUAUCAACCAAAUAAUAACCAUCACCGUUUAAAGCACAAUAUGGUACAUUUUUGGAGGAACAAGAUUCACUUUUUAAUGAAGUAUACAAUACAAUUUUUACUAUGAGGUUUAAGGGUAAAAACUGUCUUCAAAUGUAUCAAAAAGGGAUACAUUUUAAUAUAUAUUAAUGGAACUCGGUACCUUCUUAAAAUUUUAAAAGAAUACGAUCUGAAUUACUUAUUAACAAGUAAAAUUAAUCAUGCAUUAGUAUACUUUAAUAUGCUUUAUAGAAUUUAUUUUCACAGGUCAGAUCUAGAGGAGGGUUAAAUGAUCAUCCUACCCCAUCAAAUGUAUUAUAUAGAUUGAGGAUGAGAGUUUUGGGAAAAAAUCCUGUCAUUAUUUGUAAUUCAAAUACAUAUGACAAGAAUAACGAGGAAUUUUUACUGUCAAAAGUAUUAAGAAAAGCAGAGAUAAUCAUAAAUGACGAGGAAAAAUGUGUAAGUGAUACAAAUGAUAGUAGUGAUAAUGAAACAUUAAAUACAUCAAAUAAACGCAAAGAACAAUACCAGAAUUAA